GGGCGCGGUGCCGGGCCUGAGGAGCCGGGGAUGGCGGACAGCGGGGCGGGCGCGGUGCCCACACCGCCGGGUCCCCCCGCGGGGCUCUCGGCGUCCCAGCGCCGCGCCGAGCUGCGCCGCAGGAAGCUGCUCAUGAACUCGGAGGAGCGCAUCAACCGCAUCAUGGGCUUCCACCGGCCCGCGGCCGGCAAGGAUGACGACAGUCACACAGAGUCAAAGCUGCAGCACGAGCAGGAUAAAUCCAACUCCCUCCCCAUUCCUUCGGUUUCCAAGCGAAUCGUGCUUGGAGAUUCCGUGUGCAGUGUGCCAGGCUCUGCUGACCACACAGGGAGCCUGGCAGAGCUCCGGGGGGACAAGGACUUGUUCAGCAAAGCCCCCGAGCUGGUCACCGAGGGCACAGGGGAGCUCCGCCACCGGCACCGGGGCGAUCUGCCCCCAGAGGCUGCACCACGGCCACCCAGACACGGGCUGGAGCAGUACCUGUCCAGAUUUGACGAGGCUCUGAAGCUGAGGAACCAGCUGAUGAGUGAGAAGCCGAGCCAGGAGAACGGGAGUGCCGGGGAGGAGUUUGACUCUUUCCGCAUUUUCCGAUUGGUGGGAUGUGCUCUGCUCGCCGUCGUGGUCAGGGCUUUUGUGUGCAAGUACCUGUCAAUAUUUGCACCAUUUCUUACUCUACAACUCGCUUACAUGGGACUGUCCAAGUACUUUCCAAAGUGUGAGAAGAAGGUGAAAACGACAGUCCUGACUGCUGCUCUCCUGCUGUCUGGGAUCCCUGCAGAAGUGAUCAGUCGCUCCAUGGACACCUACAGCAAAAUGGGAGAUGUUUUCACAGACCUCUGUGUCUAUUUCUUUACUUUUAUCUUUUGCCAUGAACUUACUUUGGUUUUUGGCUCUGAAGUACCAUAAUGGCUGUACAAUUCCACACAGCAGCUACACUAAACCUUUCUGGACUGUGUUUCUUUAAUGUCUGACACUGUGCAGACAGGUCUAAACCUUCACUAAAAUUCCUACCUGUUGAAAUGCUUGAAAGGAGCCUUAAAUCCAGUCAUUUUGGGAAAGGAAGAGCAGGGUCCCAGACUGCCAGUUGCAUUGGUUCAGUUUAUUUAAAUACUGUGUCUGCAUAUUACAAAUGUGAAGACUAGGGUGCAAGUGUCAGUGGAUGAUUUAUUUGCUUUAGUUAGAUGAUGCCCCUCUCAACUUCCUUCAUAAAUAUUUACAAAGCUGCCUUUGUUCUUUUCAGUGAGAACAAGAAGAGAGUUCCCUUCAGCAGAAGCAUAUAUAUGUGUAUAUCCUGUAUGACUGUAUCUAACCAGACCUGCUCAUUUUGUGGUGUUCCCAUUUUUUUAAAGAAAGCUCUAAAUAAAAGAAAUCCCUGUACUCUGUUCAAAUGUUCAAGGUCAGAAUGUUGAACCAAGUAGCUGCUUCUGGAGAAUGUUGGUGAAACUUGCCACUUUGUUGUUAUGAUCCUUGCCUUGCUAUACCUUAUUUGUUGUGAUUGUAAUUAAUUUCAUUUGAUGAUGAUUGUGGAAAAGAGCUAAGCAAAACCAAUAACAAGAAAAUCCUGGUGCUUACAAAUGUCAUUAAUCAAAAAAUAAGAAGAAACAAAAUUAAUCUCACCUGUUUGAGUUUCCAGCAACCUAAUCCUAGUGCAGCUCAUCCUUGUGCUUUCUGAUGCCUUUUCUUUAUAUUAACAGUUCAUCUCAUGAGGGAGUUGUAUAUAUUGGCACCCAACCUGCAGUGUCAAAUCUUUGCUCUAGUGGUUGUAAAACUUACAAGGGAAACUGUUUUAUUUUCAAUCUCUUAUGAAUUUUGCACAGUGGGAGGAAGGAAGUGUCAUUCCAAAUAGUCCACUUAAAUGGUGAUAAUCUCUAAAAAUCUUUAUUGAAGGUAAAUUUGGUAGUGUUUUCAUCUUGUAGUUUUCUGUUUAGAAUCUGAACUUCCAGGAGAUCUAGGCCGAUGUCUUUUUUAGCACAGUAAAACACCUAUUUAACUUGGUAUUUGUCUGCAGAAAUUUUUUUAGGGAGCAGAAGUGUUUGAUUAUACCCCUCUAAGGCGAAUGCCCUGCACUCUGCCUGUUAUUUUCUGUUAAAGCUGUAAUUCUAGUGCCUCGUUUCUGACUCCUGAAUUAGAUACAUGUUUGUUUGUGGCCUGAAAACAAGAAUCUUACAUUUUGAUGUGACUAUUUUUGUUUUUUGGGUUUUUUUUUAACAUUAUGUUACAGUGAGUAUUAUGUUACAGAUGUACAGGGCUGCAGAAGAUUCUGACUUUUGUCUAUGAGCACAGAUACUGAUUCAGAAGCUUUAAAUUUGUUUAUACUAGACAGGAAUUUCAGCAAAUGGAAAUUAAGGUCGAGAUAUGUAAAUAACGAGUUUGCUCCGAAGUUACACGUGUCCCGAUUCUCUAUUUAUAUGCCCAAACGUGAUACAAAUAAAUUGCAAAAACACCGUGUACCAA